UUGGAGGACUGGGGGCAGGGGGCGGAGAGCUCCGGUGUCUGUUUUUGGGCGGGAAUUGAAACCGCCACUGCUGCCAACUUAAACUAGAGAGCUGCAAGUAUCCAGCCUUGUAAGGAGCCAUGGUGCGGUCUGUGAGGCAUAAGAAACCAGUCAAUUACUCACAGUUUGAGGACUCCGACAGUGAUGAUGAUUUUGUUUCUGCAACUGGACCUUUAAAUAAGAAAUCUAGAACAACACCAAAGGAGUUAAAACUAGAAAAACCAACACCUAAAUUGAAGAAUCUCCAGAAAGAAGAUACCCCAUUGCAAGAGAAAACCCCUAAAAAAAGGAUGGCUUUAGAUGACAAGCUCUACCAGAGAGACUUAGAAGUCGCACUGGCAUUAUCAGUGGAGGAACUUCCAACAAUCAUCAUUGAUGUGGAGGAGUCUCAAGAUAAAAAUUUGGAUAAGAUUACUGAGGAAGAUGAUUUGCAUGGGGCUCGAGGGAAAAGAAAAGCAGCAUCUAAAGCUGGGGCACAACAGAGGAAGAUUCUUCUGGAAGGCAGUGAUGGCGAUAGUGCUGAUGACUCCAAACCAGACUUUGCAACUAGUGAAGAUUCUGAGAAUGAUUCUGAUUUUAGUGAGAGUGAAGAUAAUGAUGAAGACUUCACUGUAAGAAAAAGUAAAGUUAAAGAAAUUAAAAAGAAAGAAGUGAAGGUUAAAUCCCCAGUGGAAAAGAAAGAGAAGAAACCUAUAUCCAGAUGUAAUACUUUGGUGACUUCAGUGAACUCUGCUCCAGCUGCCGUCAAAUCAGAACCUCAGUCCUCAAUGAAAAAAGUAUUUCCUUCAGAGGCCACUAGGAAACCAUUGCAAAUAUGCAGUCCUUCAGCUGAAAGCAAGAGACCCAAGUGGGUCCCCCCAGCGGUAUCUGGAAGCAGCAGCAGCAGCAGCCCCAGCAGCAGCCGCAGCCCACUGGCAGGGGUGUCUGUUAAGUCUCCAAAUCAGAGUCUCCGUCUUGGCUUAUCCAGACUAGCACGAGUUAAACCUUUGCAUCCAAAUGCUGUUAGUAGCUGAGUUUGGUAGUAAAAAAAAUGUUUGAUUAACAGAAUCACCACUUUACAAGUGUGUUUGUAUUUGAAUUGUGUUUAUAUUUAAAGAGGAUAUUGUAAUAUAAAGGAAUUCCUUAAUGUCAUAUAAAUUAUCUCUACCCAUUUUGUGAUUAUGUUCUCUGAAAAGCUAUUCAAAACUUCAAUAAGAGGUUUGUUUAUAAGAAUUAUCUUGUAAUGUCGUUUCCUUCUGAAGGGCAUAUUCUAUUUUCCUUACGUAUAAUAAAUUAUUGUCAUUAGUGGUUGUCAGUUUGACGUGGAGGAAGUCUGCAUUACAUGCUGUUCUUUUCCAAUAACAUGAGGUUUCUUUCUAGCUUCAUCUAAUUUAUGGCACCUUAACUUUGUUCAGAGUUUAUCUGGCAAAAGGAAACAUUCCCAUCUUUUCCAGGAGAUGUUUCUGAAAUCUUGUACUUAAGCUGCAUUGUCAGUUUUAUUGCAAAGAUGUUUUGUAUUUUAGCCAAAUAAUUUUAUAAUAAGAAUUCAGAAUUAUUUUACACAUUAAAACAGUUGCUGUAUGGCAUAUGUCUCCUACUUAGAAAUAGAUGAUUAUUGUACAGCAUAUAGAAUUUCUUGACAUUUUAUGAAGCCCCCAUUGUCAAAACCUUUAAUAAAAAUGAAAAGGUUUUGAUAUGCUCUUUUCCUUGAUACAAUCACAUCUGUCUAUCUCUGUCUAUAUUUCAUGAUAAAAUGAAUGCUUGGCAAAAAACAUUAGCCUUCUGAUGUAAAUAUAAAGGGGGGCUGUUAAAAUAAUCACUGUGUUAGGUCAGUGCCUUAGAGGGUAGCUGUCAAGUACUUCAUCAUCCCUAUUAUGAUAUUAGAUAAUACAGCUUUUCAGGAAACUUAGAUCUGAAUUGUUGUGAAUAAAAAUAGUAACAGACAUUUUAUAUUUAUGGUGAGAAUUUCAACCUGCUCCUGAUAACUUUUUAA